AGGGAUAUAAAGGAAUUUGGUGGCGUUGAAGAGGUAAAUGUCAAUAAAGAAAGUGAGAGGGGAGGAUGGCAGAAUGAUUCAACCAUAGAAGAUGGCCAGAGAAGGGGCAGACUGUGCAACGAUGAGACGGAGCUACUUAGAGUAGGCCAAAUUUGAAGUCCUUCCCAGGGAGUGGCCCUGUUCAUCUUAUUCUCCAGCCAAAGUAGAAACAGCGAGAGAAGGAGAGACACGUUCAGCAGCCAAAGGACUCGGUGGAAAGAGCAGAGAAAAAGUACACAAUAUGCUGCUCUUGGGACCCAAGGUGCUUCUGUGUCUCACUGCGUUCAUCAUCCCCUCUGACUGGACACCACUAGGAGCCAAUGGUCAACGAGGAGAUGAUGUGACUCCAGUGACUCCAGAAGCAUUCACAGAAGAUCCUAACCUGGUGAAUGAGCCCUCUACAGAUGAAACAGUUCUGGCCGAUAUCGAGCCUUCCACAGAUGACCUGGCUCCGGCCAAUGAUAAAAAUACCACAGCAGAUUGCCGGGAUGAAAAAUUUGCUUGCACGAGACUCUACUCGGUGCAUCGGCCAGUCAAGCAAUGCAUUCACCAGUUAUGUUUCACUAGUUUACGACGUAUGUACAUCAUCAACAAUGAGAUCUGCUCUCGUCUUGUCUGUAAAGAACAUGAAGUAAUGAAAGAUGAACUUUGCCGUCAGAUGGCUGGUUUACCCCCAAGGCGACUCCGCCGCUCCAACUACUUCCGACUUCCUCCCUGUGAAAAUGUGAACGUGCAGAGACCCACUGGUCUGUGAUGAUCAAGGAAGAGGAAGGAAGAACAUGUGGGUGGGAGGAAAAGAAUGGUCUAACAUGAGCAACCAUUGUCAGCUAACCCAUAGACAUUAGUAGUUCUUAAACCAAUCCCUUUGUAGUGUCUAGCUUUGACCCCCCACUCCCUGAUUUAUUACCCAGACCGGUAACAAAGUCUAUAUUAUAGCAUGGUUUUGCCGCUUCUCACUACCAUAGACCUAGUAGAUCAAUGAUAACCAAGUGGCUUAUGUACAAACAGUCUACAUACGGUUUCAAAGGAAAAUAAACGUGAGGUUAAUAUUUACAA